AUGUAUAAUAAUCGAAUAAUUAAAGUACUUUCAAUACUUUUUUUCAUCUCAAUGUUGGGUUGUUUUAUCACGCUCGCUGAAGCGCUAACCGGGGCGUUACCGGUGGAAAGAUGCAAUUGGAAUAGUAAUUUCAACUGCGAUCUGCAUCCGCGCCACUUUCCAUCGUGCGAUUUCCGCCCAGGGACAUUUAAUAUUCUGUACGAUGAAGUUAUAUUUUCUAUUAUGAGGAUUGCGAUACAUCGAGUAGGCAAGUUCGGCGUGAACUAG